GCCUGUGUGUCAUGCUGUUCUGUUUCCUGUUGUGAAGCAAGCCUCAGUCUGGACUCUGGAGGAAGGAAGGAGAGUAAAGGCCAGGGGCGGGAAAUAAGAGCCCCCAGCUCUGCUGCAGCUCCUCCUAGCCCCAGCCAUGGCUUUCUGGAGGGCUUCCUCAGCCCCCCUGCUCCUUUUGUUGUACUUCUGCCUGCUUUCCCUGCUGCCUCUGGAGAACCUGGUCCUGGGAGCAACCAACCCUGUGGAGCAAGGAAGCUGUCAACAAUAUACAAACAAAACGUGCGAGGAAUGCCUCAAAAAUGUCACAUGUUUGUGGUGCAGCAGUAGCAAAAAAUGCAUGGACUAUCCUGUUCGAAAUAUCCUUCCUCCCAGUUCUCUUUGCAAGUUGAAUUUUGCACGAUGGGGUGUCUGUUGGGUAAAUUUUGAAGCUCUAAUUAUUACAAUGUCCGUGGUUGGAGGAACAAUUCUUCUGGCUCUCGUAGUUUGCUGCUGUUGCUGCUGCAGGAAGAAAAAGAUCAGAAAGUCUGAUAAGGAAGAUGAAAAAGCUGCAAGGGAGAGAGAGCAGAGAAGAGUAAGGCAGGAAGAGAGGAGAGCAGAGAUGAAGUCUAGGCAUGAUGAAAUCCGCAAGAAGUAUGGUUUGUUUAAAGAAGAGAAUCCAUAUGCCAAAUUUGAAAACAAUUAAGAUUUCUUCUGGCAUGUCAGAAUAAAGUGUGGUAAUACUGUCCAUUGAAUGCACAGCGCAGCUGCUAAAAGGUCCUGCAAUAUAGAUGCCUUAAUUGCCAAUGGAAAAGUGGUCUUAAUGCAGGGCAAAGUCAUAUGCGAUGAGCUGUUAAUAAACAAUGAGAUGAAUGAAUAAGCUAACAUACCUCUGAAAAUCCAAAUGGUCUUACAGGCUGCUGCAAGAUGUUAAAUUGUUUUUCUCACUGCCUGUUCUGCAGGUGCCUGUGCUAAUAGAGUACCUUGUGUGUAUUACAUACUCUUUUGUUUGCCACUCAAGCCUUGAACAAACUCCUUCAUGAAGCAGGGAGAGACUUCUCUUCAGUCUUUUCCAUGAUCAACAACUUCCAGGUAUUUUAAUACAAGGAUGGAAAUAAGUGUCCAUUUUUGGUUUACCUGGAAAUACUGGCUGUAUGAAAGGAAUAUAAGCCUUACUUCUACCACUAGCGAAAAGUACCUGACUUUUUCUAAAAACAUUUUAUUGGCAGCACAGAUGUUUUAUAGUAGGUUUGAGAGGGUUUGCACUUUUAUAUAUUGAUAUUCUUUUUCUUCUGUGCUAUUUGUGUGGCUUUUCUAUUCUUGUAUCUUGUAAAACACUUGUUAUCACACAUGUAGCUUCAAUGAAUGUUGGUAUCAGUGUGAUGUGGCUUUUUAUAUACAUGUUCAUUAAAUGAUUGCUUGUAAUAGGGUUUUAAAAUCUGUGCUAUAUUUAAAUACUUUUGAAAACUCAAUUGAACCUUUAUACAGCUUGUAAUAUGAAGUUGCCAAAUCUGUAUUGUAUCUGAAGCAAUGCAUAAUCUUGGAAAGAAUGUCUCUAGUAACCAAAUAAUCAGAAGAAUAAAAAGAUUCCUUUUUGAAGUAAAAAAAACCCACCUCACAGUGGAACCUUGAGAUUGAUUUCUGCUGCCUGGAAUAAAGUCUGUCGAUAAUAAUCUUUUGGCUUGAUGCAAUAGCCUGUUUUUCAGGCUGUUCUACAUCUGAUUCCUACACACUCAAGUUUUAAAUACUUCUUUUGUUUAACAGGGCUGAUCAAAUCAUGACGAAAAUAAUUGUUUAAUGUCAACUCUCUAGAAGAGUAGAUUAUAAUGGCUACCAUGAAAAAAUGAUUGGGGAGUGGGGCAGGAUGGUUUCUUUAAAAGAUACCUAAAAUAUACCAAAUUUAUUUUCAAUGGAAUGUUUUGGAUGCUGCAGCUGCCUGAGAAGUGAGUGAAACAGUACUAGGCCAUCUACACAGAAUGUGGUAAAGAAUGUGGCCUGACAUUGACACAGUGGAUAGUAGAGGGUUUAAAUGUGAUGUUGCCAUGCUCACACCCUUAAACAAGUACACUAAACACUUUGAAGUAUUGUUAGUUCUAUUCCAUUAUAUCUUAAAUUGUGUUUCAGAUUUGUGAAGGGCACAAACACAUGCAGUGUUCCUUAAUCUGUUAAAAUACUUGCUUUUGGAUUACAUGUGAUGCCCACACCCUUAAACAAAUAUAUUGGCAACUCUGAAGUACUGUUAGGUAAUAUUCUAUUAAUAGUUGAUGGUGUAUCAGUUUUGUUAAUGACGCAGACACAUGCAGCACUGCUUAAUCUGUUUAAAUAAUUGUCCUCCUGCUGUCUUUUAAGUAAUUCUGCAAAGUUUUCCAGAGUCCUGCCUAAAAAGGAGAGUAAAACAUUCCAAAAAUAUAGCCUAAUGUAUCAUGAAAGCUUUUAUAUAAUUUCUUGCUAUAUAAUAGUUGAAACUGAACUAAAUGUAAUGAGAUCUGUAAAUUAUUUCACUAACAAAAUAAACAGUAUCUUACAUUAUUGA